AUGUCGUCGCACGUUCAGCAGUAUUGGCUGCCGGGGUAUGGCCUAUCCCGACACAUUGUCCUCGGACACAUCCACUACUUCCUUGGCCCGUCUGCGUCAGUCAGGCCAUAUAGUUACCAGGGCCGCGAAGGGUAUCUCAUAGUCGGCAUGCCGCUGACGCGGCAAGGAAAAAAAGAACCGGGGAGGCUGAUUGAUAUUGGCGAACAGGAACAAAUUGACGACCUGGCGGCUAUGUCUCGGGAGUAUGAGAAACAGGAAGCUGUGCGCAUGACCAACCAUGGAAAUAACAUUUCUUCUUCUUCCACUGCCAGCAACAAUGGUGGCGGUUCUUCGCAUCGUCAGCAGGCAGAGCCCUAUAUCAAUGAGAUCGUCCCAGUGGACCCAGGCCGGACGCGCAGACGUACAGAAUCCGAUUCUCGGGGCAGCCGUUGA